AUGGUCGGUGAGGGGGAGAGAAUGCCUAACAGCAGGGCGGGGUUGAGAUCUGAGUCCGGGCAUGUUAUUUCCAAGGCGGAGGGGAAGUGUGAUGAGAUACUUAAGCAAGUAAGUCAAAAAGAUCCCGAUGGCGUGAUUUUUAAGGAAGCUGAAUUGUUACAGGAGAAGGGUAAAACACUUUUGGAUGCUGCGACUGAGGCUAAGAGGCUUGUUGAGUCCAAAGUCGGUGAGGCCUUGCAGGCUGUUGUGGCAAUGGACGGAGAUCUCAAGAGGGAUUUGAAGACAGUGAGAGAUAAGAUCAGGAAAGGGAUUAAAGAUGUGAUUGAUACGUUGCAGGUUACUAAGUUGGAUGGUUUGGUGAAGAAUGAUUUGGGGGAUUUGAGGCAGAGCAUUAUGGAUCUUCAAAAAAAAGUGAAGGAUAAGGGUGACGAAAAUGACAAUAUAGUUGCACAGCAAUUUAAGGAUCUUCAGUCUGCAAAAACGCAACUUGAAGUAGUUACUGGUAAGGAUAAGGGUUCAAUUCAUCAGGCGGUGGAAGAUCUUGACAAUAAGUUUAGCAGUGAGAUCCAUAGUCCGCUAAGCAAUGCGGUCGGUGAAGUUGACAUGGCGAUUGGGAAGCUUGGCGAGAAGUUUCAGUUGACGGACGGUAAAAAAGAGAAACUUGGAGAGAUUUUCGGCAUAUUAAAGAAAAGGUUGGGGAGAUUAAGGCAGGAAGGUAGAGGUUGGAAAAAUACAGGCGCAUCAGGGCUGGAGGGAAUUGUCACCGGGCUGGUCAACAGCUAUGCCAAUGGGUUUACCGGAUGGGAGUUUAACAAAAGUGACAGGAUGGUUGGAAAACAAUCUUGCCGCAUAACGGCUUGCUGA